AUGGGAUCGCUAGCCACAUACUUUCUGGACGUAGUCUACUCGUUCACAAAUUGUAUGGUGUGCUUUCCGAGUUCUCCACAACUCAAGAUCAAUAGCCGCAGUUUCAAGAUACUGCGGUUGUUGGGUGAGGGUGGCUUCUCAUAUGUAUACCUCGUACAAGACAACUCGAAUCAGCAGCUUCUUGCGCUCAAGAAGAUACGAUGUCCCUUCGGUCAGGAGAGCGUCAGCUUGGCGCUGAAAGAGGUGGAAGCAUACACAUUGUUCUCGCCGCACCCCAACAUCAUUCACUCGAUCGACUACUCAGUUGAGACCGACAAGUCAGACCCUUCAGCGAAGACCGUCUACAUCCUCCUCCCAUACUACCGCCGCGGCAACCUACAAGACAUGAUCAACGCGAACCUGGUCAACCACACAAAAUUCCCAGAGAAGAGGCUGAUGGUGCUGUUCUUGGGCGUCUGCAAGGCGCUUAAGGCCAUGCACCAGUACAAGGUCAAGGGUGGGCCAGGCGGCGCGAAGAGUGACAGCAAGGCCAAGAAAGUCCGGAGAGACGCAGCGCGCGCGGACGCAGAGGCAGCACAAAGUAUGGAGAUGAGGCCGAGCCGGAGGCAUCACGAAGGUGACGACGAGGACGAUGAGCAAGCAGAGGGUUUGUUGGAAGAGAGCAACGUCACAAUGGCGCAAGAAGGCAUUGCGCCUGGUGGAGAGAGGGCGUAUGCGCAUCGCGACAUCAAGCCUGGAAACAUCAUGAUUGACGAUGACGGCAAGUCACCCAUCCUCAUGGAUCUUGGCUCAUUAGCGCCCUCACCAACACCGAUUACUUCUCGAUCGCUCGCCCUGCAAGUUCAAGAUACAGCCGCCGAGCACUCGACGAUGCCCUACCGCGCCCCAGAGCUCUUCGAUGUUAAGACUGGCUCCGUAAUCGAUACCAAAGUUGAUAUUUGGUCGCUCGGCUGUACAUUAUACGCAUGUCUCGUUGGCAAGUCACCAUUCGAGUUCAGGAGCGAUGAGACUGGCGGUAGCUUGAGCAUCUGCGUCCUCGGCGGUGACUGGAGAUUCCCAGAUGAGGGACCACAGAGGGGCAAGCAGAAGCAGCCAGCGGAUGGCGAGGGCAUCAGCGACGCUGUCAAGGAUGUCGUACGGAAGUGCUUGUCACUUGAACCUAGCGACAGGCCUGAUGUCGACGAGCUGAUCCGCAUCGUUGAGGAUGUGCUGCAUAACUUGCCUGAGGACGGGUUAGACGAUUAA